GAUAAACCUCAAAUUGUCAUCGAAACGUGACUACGAUAACUUUAUUUCAUUGAGCGGUUUCACGACCAAAGAUGAAAUCAACGUAAAUUACAGAAUACUUUACCCUGCUGCUGAUGUAUCAUUCACUCCGGCUUAGUAAAUUGUUUACUAAUUAUUAAUUACCCUCCGUUCAAUUGUAACCUCGCAGGAAUGUCGUUAUCAGUUGAACUGAGACAGAGAAUGUGUGUAUUUUUAUUGUAGCUGUCAGCUUGUCAUUUGCUUUGCCCGCCCUAAAUCCCAAGGGCAUUAAGCACCUGCCGUCAGUUGCCCGGCUGCCUUGGACUCGAAGAGUUAUCUUACAAACUUCAUCUUACAAACCACAUCUUACAAACACUUAGUUCGAGCCCUCUAUGAGAGAAUUUCUUUGCAAUGAAAUUAACCACUGACGAAAUUCUGGAAAAAAUUGGAAGCUUUGGUCGCUACCAAAUCGUGCUGAACAUAUAUUUUAACAUCGCUUACGGAUUGUGGUGGGCGUUUCCUGUGUUGGUGAUGGUGUUCAUUGCAUCGGAGCCCGGCUGGAAGUGCAAAAAUAACUCCACGUGUCCGUUUACAGGGACCAUUAGUUUAGGACACGACAACUAUAAUCACAGAUGUGAUAUUCCCCCAGAAGACUGGGAAUUUGCUGAUGAUUUUACUUCAGUCGUCACCGAGUUUGACCUUGUUUGUGAUCGUGGCUCUCUUGGAUUCGUUUCAACCUCUGUUAUCUUUGCUGGUUUUGUUGUUGGCAGUGUCUCCGUGAGUACCAUCUCUGACAAGUUUGGUCGCAAACUCCCACUGUUUGUUUGUGGCUUCUUUUGCUGCCUGUUUAAUUUUGUUUCGGCGUUUUCUCCUGCAUUCUGGGUGUUUGCUCUUUUUCGUGCCAUCGUUGGAUUCAUGAUUGGUGCCUACAGUAUUCCGAUGUUCGUAUUGACAACAGAGUUUUCUGGAGUUCGUCACCGAGGGAUCGCUGGAUCAGUUGUGUGGAUGGCUUAUGAUGUGGCUAUCAUGAUUUUAUCAGGAAUUGCAUAUUUCAUUAGAGACUGGAGACAACUGACCAUAGUAACUGGUGUUCCGGGGAUUGUGUAUGUGGCUGGCUGGUUUUUUAUCCCUGAGUCAGUCCGUUGGCUUCUAAAGAAAGGUCGACAGGCCGAGGCAAGGGAAAUUCUAAGUAAAGUGGCCAGGCUGAAUGGUAAAGAAAUGCCACGCGAAAAGCUUUUUCUGCCUAAGGAAGAAAGGCUUGGAGACUUCCGUGAUUUGUUUUCCUCUCUUAAAAUGGCUCACAAGACUCUUGCUGUGUGGUUUAUGUGGUUUGCUGUGUCCUUCAUUAGCUGGGGAAUAUCAUUCAGUGCACCUUUUCUGGGUGGUAAUGUGUAUAUUAAUGUGGUGAUAUCAGGAGCCGCAAGUUUACCAGGGCUGCCACUGUGUGCUGCUUUGACUGUGUGGUUUAGCCGCAGAAAAUUGUUGUUAGUGUCUUUCAUGGGAGCUGCAGUCGGAGCUAUUGGCGCACUUCUUUUGUCGGAUAAAGCUGAAUACGACAAAGGUUACCUGGCUGGAAAAAUCUUCAUGUCAAUGUUCGUGGCAAAGCUAAGUGCUGGGAUUGCAUUCACAUUGGUGUAUAUUUACGCAGCAGAACUUUUCCCAACAACAUUAAGGAAUGUUGCCAUGGGAACAUCUACAGCUUGGGCCCGAGUGAGUGGUUUUGCGUCUGCUUAUGCGCCUCUCUUGCUUGAAAUCCAUCGUUUUUUGCCAUUUGGAAUCAUGGCCAGUCUUGCAUUGGGUGCCGCAAUGUUGUGCAUGACCUUACCAGAGACUCACAACAAACCUACCAUAGAAAACUUGAAAUACGAUCCGGAGGAACAGCUGCUAUACGAAAAAGAUGAAGUGAAGACUACAAAGGAUGGUGAAGGCGAAGGCUCCCCUUUGUAAAGAAAAACCUGUUAGUUUUUUUAUAGUGUUGAAUCAUUCGGCUCACGACGCCUUGACACAAGCUAUUUGGCCUAGACACAUAACUGCAUCAUUAGGACAAUCAUAUAAUAUAUAAAAUGGUGAAAUAUAAAAUAAAGGAAUAGGUAUAACAAAUCAAUUAAUAAUACAAUAGAAUCAGUGACUUGUUGUUAAAGAGAACUAAGACUUUUUUUACAAUUAUCGUCCAUCAGUUGAGAAAAGUCAGUUAAUUUAAUGAGCCUCUUUGUAGUUGUACUUAAAGGUUUCAAAGUCUUGAAAAAGUCGAGUAUAAAGUAUUAGAAUAGUAGCUUUUUGCAGGGGUUCCUCGUUCUUCGUCCGUUGAUUGAUUAUCACAAUAAACCGCACCUAUGGCACAUUCUUUAAUUUGCUGAGUUUUGCUAAACAGUAUUGUUAGGUUAAGUAAAAUCUGAGUUAAAAGUUCCUCGUACUGUAUGAAGCCGGGACAAUUUCUAAAAGCUUCCUUGAAACAUAUGUGCAUAACUUGACGCAUGUGUAUACAUGUCUAAAGACUAAUAAGAGCUCUCAGUUAAUAUUUCAGUUUGUAUUUAUUUUCUAUCCUUAUUGUUAAGUUCGUUUCACUGUAUGAACAGUAUUUCAGCCUGUUUGAUUUUUGUGAGUCGCCGGUGUAUGAUGCUGAAUUUAGCGAGAACAGUUUCUGCCCCGUUUGUUGUGAGAUUCAGGUAUUAAGAACUUAUAAUAUAUAGAUUUAGCCAGGCUUAAAAUCGGAACUCCUGAUUAUGAUAAGUUAACCAUUAAGGAAAAAGAGAAGUUUGUUUUUCUUGUUUGUUUUUCAGAAACUCAAAAAAAUGA